ACACACACCAACAUCUGAUGGGGUGGGCACAAUUGCAACACUUUGAACCUGAUUGCCGGGGUGUGAGAGUGUCCAAAUCAAAAACCUUGUCUUCACCUGUCUGUUUGUCUGUCCCCUUUCACAUGUACAAGCACGUGCAACAAUGCUCCGAGGUUUGUUAAAGGCCGCUCUUCAGUUAUGGACAAGAACCACCUUAUCCUUCUCUCUCUCUCCUAGGUUUUCUGUGAGAUGACAAUGGAUCCGCGGAUUGGUGGAUUUUCGGGUACUAUGAAUGGAGUUCAAUUGAGAACUCAAUCUGUAUCAGCUAUGCCAGAUCAGAACCUAGUUGGUGGAUCCAGAUUUGGAAACACCCCUCUAGAUCACACCUUUGAUGGGAUUCAGUUCCUUUCAGAUGAUCCCUCAUCGAGUAAUACAGUUGUGAGUUCGAGCAAGGGGGAAGAUCCUCUUGAGGAUUGUGAUUUCUCUGAUGCGGUUUUGAGAUAUAUAAGUGAGAUGCUUAUGGAAGAAGACAUGGAGGACAAGACAUGUAUGCUUCAGGAGUCUUUGGAUCUUCAAGCUGCAGAGAAAUCAUUUUAUGAGGUCCUUGGCAAGAAGUAUCCACCUUCCCCUGAACAAUACCCAAUUUUUGUUGACCAAAUUAGCGAGAGCCCAGAUGAUAAUCCCGGAAACCACAGCAACUCUAUUAGUAAUAGCAGUAGUACUAAUGGUUACUUAGUUGAUCAAAGCUGGAUUAACAAUUCUGUUGAGUAUGGUACCUCUCAAAGAUACAGUAUUCCCAUUUCUAAUGCUUCUUACUCAUCGGUUGGCUCAUCAAAUAGCAUAAACAAUACCAUAAAUGGGUUUUCGGACUCCCAUAUAAGCCCUCUUCAGAUCUCUUGUUUAUAUAAUGGGAGUCAAUCUAUUUGGCAAUUCAAAAAGGGGGUUGAAGAAGCUCGUAAGUUCCUUCCGAGUGGUAAUGAUUUUUUAGCUAAUUUGGAGGUCAAUGGGCUUCUGCCUCAAGAGUUGAAUGGAGAAACUGGUGAAGUGGAAGUUAAAGUGGAGAAAAGGGAAGAGGGUGAAUACUUACCAACUAGAUUGACGGGGAGGAAGAGCCCAUACAGGGAGGAUGCAGAUUCAGAAGAAGAGAGAAUUAGCAAGCAGGCGGCAGUUUAUCCGGAGUCCACGUUGAGGUCAGAAAUGUUCGAUAUUGUCUUGCUUACUAGUAAGGGGGAUGGUGAGGCCGCCUUAUCAGCUUUUCGUGAAGCCUUGCGGAUGCAGCAGAAUGGGAAAUCAAAAGGAUCUAGUGGUGGAAAGGGCCGUGGUAAGAAACAAAAUAGAAAAAAAGAAGUGGUGGAUUUGAGAACUCUCUUGAUUAAUUGUGCACAGGCUGUUGCAGCUGAUGAUCAUAGGAGGGCAAAUGAAUUGCUAAAACAGAUUAGGCAACAUUCUUGUCCUUUCGGGGAUGGGAAUCAGAGAUUGGCUCACCGCUUUGCUGAUGGCCUUGAGGCACGCUUAGCUGGCACCGGUAGCCAGAUUUAUAAAGCCCUGGUUGGUAAGAGAACAUAUGCUGCUGAUUUACUGAAAGCUUACCAUCUAUAUAUUGCAUCAUGCCCAUUCAGGAAGAUAUCACAUUUUGUCUCAAACAAGACAAUUAUGAAUAAAUCAGCGAAUGCAAUGAGGCUCCACAUAAUAGAUUUUGGUAUACUCUAUGGUUUUCAGUGGCCCACCUUAAUUCAACGUAUUACAGAAAGAGAUGGGGGACCUCCAAAGAUUCGUAUUACUGGGGUAGAAUUACCCCAACCUGGUUUCCGGCCAGCAGAGCGAGUUGAGGAGACAGGGCGUCGGUUAGCAGAUUAUGCUCGGACUUUCAAUGUGCCCUUUGAGUACCAUGCCAUAGCAAAGAAAUGGGAAACUAUCAAAAUUGAGGAUCUUAGGAUUGAGAAGGAUGAAUUUCUUGUUGUCAACUGUUUGUAUCGGUCUAAAAACUUAGUUGAUGAGACUGUGGUGGCUGACAGUUCAAGAAACAAAUUUCUCAAUCUGAUAAGGAAGGUUAAUCCGGAUAUCUUCAUCCAUGGAAUUGUCAAUGGAGCCUAUAGUGCCCCUUUCUUUGUUACCCGGUUCCGUGAGGCUCUAUUCCACUUCUCAUCACUGUUUGAUAUGCUUGAGACUAACGUACCACGUGAAUGUAAUGAGAGAAUGCUAAUUGAAAGAGAGUUCUAUGGGAGGGAAGCUCUAAAUGUUAUAGCUUGUGAGGGUUGGGAGAGAGUUGAGAGGCCAGAGACAUACAAGCAGUGGCAACUCCGUGAUCUGAGGGCAGGCUUCAUGCGGCUCCCUUUUGACCGGGAGAUCAUGUCAACAGCAAAUUAUAAGGUAAAAUCAAGCUACCACAACGAUUUCAUGAUUGACGAAGACAACAUGUGGCUGUUGCAGGGAUGGAAAGGGCGAACAAUUUAUGCUCUUUCUUGUUGGAAACCUGUUUAGGGAACUUGAGAUGCAUGCUUACUGGGGGCAAAAAGAACUUCAGAUACAUGCUUAUUAGCACUCGGUCUCUCCCCUCUCCGUGUUAUUUGCAGCAAAAUUGAGUACAUAAAUGUAGUGCUGUGUUUUCAGAUAAAUUGGUUGCUAAUCCUGAUGCUUAACCGCUAGUGCAUCAUGCUUGAAGAAUGACCAUUCGGCUGAUUUGGUAAAUAAGAUAAUUUGGAGUUGCAGGGUUGGUCCAUCUUGUACUUGUUCCGCACAUCUCAAACACUAAUAAUUUGAUAAAUAUAUUGGUAAAGUGCAGUGACAUUCAUGGGAUAUGGUUAUAAGCUUACAUGUAUAGGAGAAAAACUGUGUUACACAGUGCCAUAUGAAUUACAAGAGCCUUUUUUGCUGUUGCUAUUGAAAUC